UCCCAUUGAUUGUCGAGCGGAGGAUGACGCAUAAUGAUCCUGUUUUAAAACCUUUUCGUGCAGCUGUAAACUGCUUUAAUCAGUUGCCACUGAAAGAUGAACUCGAUUUUUAUGAAAAGACUUGUCAACCCUAUAGUGAAAAGCUACAGUCUGUGGACCAUCUCUUGAAGACUUGUUUGGGGCAAAUAGUCUCUCAGAACACAAACAGUCAGGGGUUCGACACCGAAACAGACUUGGAGACCAUUUUUGAAAAUACACAAGAAGCUGUGGAAUUUUUCCUGGAACAGACAGAUGACUGUCUAGAUGCACUUAGGGGUAUUAAGAAAACCAGUGAAGAAGAUUCACUGCAGUCGUCAACUCCACUUUCGAGCGAUGAGAGGAGAACUAGAUGGAAACAAACAGAUAUGCCUAAACCUCAAAAGAAAUUUCCAGAUUAUCCAAUCAAUAACCUUUUGACAGACCCAAAUGUAGUUGCUACUCCCUCAGAAUUCUCCACCAACGAAAGUGACGCGUUUUCAAGGUUAGACAGUCACUUGUUUAAGUUGCAUCAAAAGAAUAGAAAACACAGUUCUGCCAAAGUCUCUGAUUACUAUCAAAAACUAUUGAAAGAGUUGAAAAAUAAUGCUGAUUCCUUUCAAGGGUCUUCUACGGUGACAUUGUAUUUACCUUUGGAGGAUACCAAAUGUACCUUUGUAAACUCUCUGUCGUCACUAGAAGACAUGAUAACCAAGCUUGAAAAGGAAAAGGAAAUAGCUGUGGAUAUUGAGAAUCAUAGCUAUCGUUCGUUUCAAGGUUUCAUUUGUUUAUUACAGUUUUCUACUCGUCAAGAAGACUUUGUCGUGGAUGCAAUUGAGCUUCGAGGUCAUCUUAAAAUGUUAUCAAAGAUUUUAGAAAAUGGAAAUAUUCUCAAAGUUCUUCAUGGAGCUGAUAGCGAUGUGCAAUGGUUACAACGGGAUUUUGGUUUGUAUAUUGUUCAUAUGUUUGACACAGGUCAAGCAAGUAGACAGCUGAAAUUUCCAUUUCUUUCCUUGUCUUAUCUGUUGAAACGUUAUUGCAAUAUUGAUAACUCGAAAACCAAAAAAUAUUAUCAGUUGGCAGAUUGGCGCAUUCGGCCUUUACCGGAAGAUAUGUUUUCAUAUGCGAGACAAGAUACUCAUUAUCUAUUAUACAUAUAUGACAGACUUUGUGAAGAACUGAGACAGUCUUCUAAUUGUAAUAACAAUCUAUUGACUUGUGCUUAUCGUGCUUCUAUCCAAGUCUCUAUGUUGAUUUAUGAGAAACCUCAAAUGAAUCCACUGGAAUAUCAGUCGAUCCUUUCUCGAAGAAAGUUGCAUUUCGAUGAAAAGCAAACUCUUGCUUUACGCACACUCUGUCGAUGGAGAGACGAGAUUGCUCGGAUAGAAGAUGAAAGCCUCGUUUAUGUUUUGCCCGAGAAGUGUAUGAUUGAAAUUGCAAAACGUAUACCUCAAAGUGAAAGCGAGUUACGUGGUUGUUGUCCUUAUUCGAUUCCACCUUUACUCAAGACAUAUGAGAAUGAAGUUUUGAAACUUUUACAGGAAUCCAUCAUGGAAGAAAGCGAAUGGAAUAAGUCGGAGCAAGAAAUAACAAUGUGUUGUACAAAUGGGCAAAUGGAAGAGUAUGCCUCCACUCCUAGCCAUAUUGUUGGAUUUCAAAGUAAUCUUGUGCCUCCUAUAUCGGUUUCCUCUAAUAGUAGCUUAUUUGGUUCCACUUUAUCGGUUGGAAAGAAAAGAAGUGAUUUGUCUGUAAGAAAGGACAAAGUAGAUGAGAUACGUCAGGAAAUGUUGCAGCAGAUAUCAAGUCGUUUCCGUGAAGGACCUUUCGUGAAAGAUGUUGAACAAGUUCCCAGACAAGAAGAAAUUUUGUCAGACGCAGAUGACGACGACAACAGCAACAAUUAUAAGAAGAAAGAAGAGGAACAAUUACGACAUGAUGCAGAUGACAACGUGAUGAUUUUAGUUCCGCAAGGCAUGUCAUCGAGAAAGAGACGAACAAAGAAAUCCAAAAAGAAAAAGAAAAAUUUCCAUGUAUCAACAAAGGAACCGGAUCUUACACCAUUUUUCCAAAAAAUAUCAAAUGAAGCAAGGGAAAAUGUUGAUUCAGAACAUUUGAACAACAAGGAAUCAAAGAUUCCUAAAAAUGGAAAGAAGAAUAAGAAUAAUUCUACAUUUAGUUCAGUGAGAUUGAAACUGGGAAACCGUAGCGCUACCUUUUGAUUUCCAUCAUAUUUUGUCCUUACAAUUAGUUUCUGGUUU